GUUUUGUCCUUGUCACUGGUUGUGUAGUUGGCCUCAGGGAGGUAUUCUGCCAGGUGGCUUUGGAGCCGGCCGCUGACAACAAUCAGCUCUGCCUGAUCAGUCGACUCAUGCUGCACGACGCCAAACUUUAUAAAGGAGCUCGCAAGGUUGUCCACGAGUUAAUUUUCAGUAGUUUACUGAUGGACACAGAAUUCAAGAGGCAGUUUGCCAUGAAAUUCACAGAGCACUACAAGCAACUUCAGGAAGACUUUAUCAGCGAUGACCAUCAGAGGAACAUCUCAGUCACAGCCUUAUCUGUGCAGAUCUUCACUGUUCCCACUUUGGAGAGGGUUCUGUUGUUGGCCUUUCAGGAGUGUCACAGAGCUCUAAUGUCCUGCACCAACCAGCCCUUCCGCAGCGAGCCGACAGACAGCUACAUGUGCAAGCAGAUCCUCCACGCACGGCCGUAUAAAGUCUCCCAGGAGCCCGUCUCCAUCCAUCUGCCCAUCUCUAGACUCCUGGCCGGUUAG